UCAGCUUAAGUUCAUGCUUGAGGGGAAGAGCACAGAGGCCAGUGAUGGGUCUUUUUUUUUUUUUCUUUUCUUUUUUGAGAAAUGCUCUGUUUGGAUUGGGAGAAAGGAAGGGAAAAGAAAAGAAAGAAAGUGGGGAAUUUAAGUCAACAUUUUGUAAUUCGUUUUUUGUUUGGAGAGGGAUUUAAGUGAUUAGUUAAAAAGGAUGACGUGGCAGGAUUUUAUUGGACAGCCUGCCCGAAUAUAUUCUCAUCUGAAAAACCCCAAUCGGCAUAGCAUAGAGUAAACCAUUCGUUUCUUCUUGUUCUCUCUCUCUCUCUCCGCGCUCGAACUCUUCAUCUUCGGUGAACUCUGCAUCUUCGGUGAAGUAUAUCCCGAAUCCACUAUUGCGCCGACUGUACUGCCCAUGUUACUGUAGCCGGAAAAUAUGUUUAAUCUCCAAUAAUCGAUUGGGUUGGUGUUCUCUGAUGGAUACAAUGGAAGCAAAUAUUAAAACUGAAACUGUGGACAAUACACUUGAGGGGAACAAAGGUUCAUCUGUUACGAUAAAAGUUCUGUUUUUUGCAAGAGCUCGAGAUCUUACUGGCUUGAAUGAGAUGCCAUUGGAGGUGUCAUCUGGUAGCUCUGCCAAUGAUUGUUUAAAUAAUCUUGUUGCCAGGUUUCCAAGCUUGGAAGAAAUCCGUGGGUGUAUCGUUCUUGCUCUAAAUGAGGAAUACACUACCGAGUCAGCAAUCGUUAAAGACGAAGAUGAGUUGGCUAUUAUACCUCCUAUUAGUGGUGGCUAGUUAUUUUUCUUCUGUAACUAUCACUUGAUAUGUGUGUAUUCAACAUUCUGGUCUGAUUGUGAGGCUCUCAUCAGUGGCGAUACAAAAGCAUAUUUGUCCUAGAAACCUGAGGUUUCAUGGGAAAAAAUAUUGGUUUAACUUUGUCUACAGUAUGGUUAGAAAUUCCUGCUUACGACUUAUAGCUUUUGUGCUUCUUUGUAUUCCGAAUAAUAAUAAAUAAUAGAAAAGUAUGUAUCUUUUUG